GGACACUCACACGCAGCAAUACGGUGCUCCUCACAGUCAGACGUAUUGAAGUAACACUUAUAACCAUUCAUGCACAAGCUGGAGGAAGCGAAAUUCCCGUAGAAUUCAAACACGUCAAAAAACGUAGAGAAUGAUUGUGAGCCGGGGUCAAGCCACAGAGUAGCGCCCCCAUUUGCAUGCGUGCAUUAAAAUUUUCAAGUUUAUAUCUAUGCUGCAGUAUCCAAAUAAAUGGUUGUAACUGGGGUGUUUUUUUGUUGUUUUUUUUAAUAUGCAGGAGUAUGUGUAUGAUUUAGCGUAGCAAGCUGUAAGAUUUAAUCCAGUACCGCGUCUGGCUUAAAGUUAUUACUGCAUCCCAAUAAAACAAGAUGUUCACUUAAAAUCAUUCCACAGUUGUUUGAACAUUAAUUUCUGUACUCGGUGGUCAAAUCGACUAAGGCCAAUAGUUAAAUCGAGUCAUGAUCGCUGUGUAACCGUUGCGCCGACCGGACGACCAUGUACAGCCAGUCGAUUCGACUAUGGGCCUAAGUCGAUUGAUUCGACCUCAUCAUCUUUAUGACGGCCGCAAAAUAAGUGACCUGAUGCAAAUAAUCUAAUCAACCAGCCUACGCUUAUGCAGUUGCAAAGAAAUAUAAUCCUUUACCCUGUAUCAUUUUCCUGUAAAAUUAAGCGAUUUGUAAAUAAAUUAAUCAGAAAACUGCGUAUUACCUUACAUAUUUGCAAACUGGACGCUAAAAUUUGCGCUUAAAGCUUCGACUACGAAGAUGCUUAAAAAAUGAAUAAGUAUUUUUUGAAAACAAACUAGCAUUCCUGGUUUGUCGUAGUUUUGGUUUUAUUUGUAUACACUUAACCCGCACGUGAGUCCCUGGUGGCUGUAGAGAUACGGAGCCAAUUCGUGAUUCCCUGGAAAAGCAGGCAACAUUCCCCAAACUAUACCGCUACGUGCGGCACGUUGAACACUUGUCACCAAAGGAUAAUUCGCCUAAUAAUAAAGUAGUGAACUUCGACAAUUUGCCAAAACCGAAAUCGCUGUGGUGACUUGCGGUCAGCUUGAGCAUUGUAGACGGUGAGGCUUUGAAAGUUACUUUCAUUGAUAUUAGGAGAGAUUUUAUGGCAAUAAGCAGAUUAAGUCUAAGUGGUGUAAGGACUUACCUAUAAAAUAUGGUCAGAUGAAAUUUUAUUUUCAACGUCGUAUUCUCCACAAUCGAAGUGUAACUACGGAAUCCAGUGCCCCGAUGGGCUUUGAAAUGUACACAUAGUGAUCAAGUUUGACGCUAGUUAUAGAGCAAACCCAGUAUUAUCGUUAGUUCAAGAAAUACGUGCAAUCAUUUCUGGACACAUUCCUUAGUCUUCGAUUGCUUACUUGGCUAUCUAAAAAGUAUCAUACUAUUUUUCCAAAGUUCAGUUUUACAAAUCGGAAACAUAGAGGUCUUAAAAAUGUAAAUGAUUUGGCAUGGAGAGCCUUAACAACUAAGAAUUUAGGGAGAAAGUCUCCUUGCACACGACAUUUUAUGACACAAAAUUAUUUAGUCAUUGUUAUCAAAUGCAAGUGACAGUUAUACCUAAUGGUAGACAAACGGAAUAAUUGUUUUAUAAGGCCCCACAUAAUUUGUUAUGGAUGCUAUACGGCACCCCCUGAAAUUAUUUAAAAAAUAUAUAUUAUAUAUCCUUAAUCCUAAACCAUACUAACAAUUCUAGCCUCCUUUGCCAGUUUGUGAAAAGUGUUACAACGUAGUCCCUCCUAAACUGGAGUUGUACCACAUAAAAUAAGGUACUAAUAACCAAUCAUAUUCUUGAGAUAAAAAGUCAGUCAUAACAGAAUUAAUGCUUUACAUUGAUGUGUACUAAUCCUGAAAUUUGCACAAUGCCCAGUAGGACAUUGAUAUGAAUGCUUAGCCUGACUGACAUAAGGGAAAAACAGAAAAGACAGACAGAUUCAGUGUGAUUGAUAGUCUCACAUCAUAAUGAUUGGUUCUAGUGUACUUUGUGUCAUCGUGCACUUUCUUAGUAGUUCACAGGAUCAAUUAUGAUUGAAGCAAUAAGAACAAAGAUGUUAAAAAAGGACGCAUAUCAACAAUUGUCUUCCUGUGAAUAUGGUACUUAGCAGAGAGACAUUGUAAAAUAAUGAACAAUUGUUGUGCUUUUUUCAUAAACCAUAACACAUCCAAACGUCAGAAGCAGAGAAUGGAAAAGGCUCAUAAAGAUAUGCUCAUCGAACACCGUACAAAACUGGUAAAAACCAUCGACAUCGCUAAUGGCCUGUUCAGUGAGCUUAUUCAGCGUAAAGUGCUCACACCAAGAAUGGUCCGGGAGAUCAAAGUCAACAAAGACAUCGACUCACAAAUAGAGGAUCUGCUGGACUUACUUCCAAGUUGUGGCCCUGAAGCUUAUGACCAGUUCUGUGCAGCACUGGUAGCAUCAGACCAGAAGUACAUAGUGGAUUUUUUUCUCGACAUGAGUCCUUCUAAACCAACAUCAGAAAAGGCUCCAUCACCAUGUACAGUAGCUUCAAUAAAAUCAGAUUCUUCGACCUUGAGUGCAAUCCACAAAUAAACAAUGAAUGACUGACCUAACUAUGUAUACUCUAAAUAUUAAAUGCAGGAUACAGCUGGCAGGUAUAACAUACCUUUACUUCAGACUCUGAGUGCAAGCAAUUUCUAAACAGAUUGUUUUCAAAGUGUUUAUCAGUUAGAAAUGGGGAUAAAAGGUUUUGCUCAAUAUAUUUGGUGUCUCAAGACAGGAAAAAAAAAAUUCUACAGGAAUAAGAUGGCGUGCAACAAACUGGUGCUGAGUCCUAUCAAUAUCAAAUAGCUCAAUACUUGUUUGAUAUCACAAACUGGUGGUAUGAAAGACAUCAUAGUCAUAGACUGUCAUACUUUUUGGCAAACAUCUCUCACAAAUGUUCGUCAAUAAUUUAAAGUUUUUCAAAGUGUGCAAUCAAUAAUCUAUUCUGCAUAAGGUACACAGUGACAGAAUGUUAAUCAUAAAUUAUUUCCCAGAAUAUGGAAAAUUUUAUGGUUCAUUUGAAUGAUUCCAGUCUAUAUAUUUACAUAUGAGAUUUGAGGACUCAUUUUCCAUGGUGAUCACUACAGAAAUGUCAGAGAAUUUGUGGCCCAGAGAAAGCUCAAUAUCAAAUUUAGAAACGGUCAAUGUUCAUAAAGAAUAUUCAGUCAACU